AUGCACUUCCAAUGUCCUAAACUCACGCCGCUGCAAUCGCGCUUCGUCGCUUCGUUUGCGGCGCUGCUGCUGUUGGGAUUGGUGUACUGGUCGCUUUCGAAUCCGCAUUUUGCUUAUGCGGCUGAGGUGGAGGGUGGUGGGUUGAUGGGGGAGAGGGAUGGGGACGAUCAUAAUUGGUAUCGGAUAGAGGAGCAGAGGCUGCGGGAGGAUGGUGUGGAUGUGGGAGGGGGUGGGCAGGAAGGAGUCAUGGAGGGAAUGUUGGAGGCAGUGUUGGAGGCCAGAGCAGUAGCGGCCACUGCGAUCAGCGACAAUAACGCGCCGAAUAAUCUCAACAUUGAGCCGGGUGGUACUACAGUAUGGUCGUACUCGGAAGCACUGUUGACGAGCCCGGCGGCACCGAGCACGCCAGGUCUACCCAGUGAGGUAGGUGAGAAGCGUAGUCUGGACUCUGCGCAUGCCGAGCUGCGCAAAAGGCAGGAUAGUGGCGGCUCCACAACGAUAUAUGUCUCGAUCAAUACGUGUCUGCAGCCUACAUGGAACGGAACAGAUCAGCAGAGCGAUGCUCCUCCUCAGUUGACCUUGUACGUCUCCUCGGGCGCCGGCAACGAGAAUAUUGGCCCGAACGGACAGAACCAGGUUGUGCAAGAGCUAUCAGAAGGGUUCGCAAACGUAUCAGUCGUGGCGAGCGGAACAUGGUACAUCGCCGUCAGCGCACCCACCCUCCCUUCAGGCUACGUCGGGAGCUGGAACUACGAGCUCGCGGUAUCUCACGAUGCCUACUACCACUCCGCCGACGAGGAAGACCCAAAUCUGUUCUUGGUCGACACAGACCAGCAUUCUGCCCUACUCGUUACGAACAACCUUACGCAGCAGGACUCAAACUCGACGAUCUUCCAAGACUGGAUGGACCUUAGCACGCCUUUCGUCAUGUUCGCUGCCAAUGUCAACAACACUGCCAUGUUGGGUUUGCAGAAGUCUUAUUGUGCUUGGGCGAAGAGUGGUCAGCUUGCUGCUAGUCAGGAUGAUCCGCAGGGAGACAAUACGGGGGUACAGAUGGGUAUGAUAACUCGUGGACUUGGGAAUAAGCCGAAGGAGCAAUUCUAUGUCACGAACUUGAACGCUUCAAGUCAGUACGUUGGUAUCUUGGCCGAGCCUGGCAAUUCUACCAAAUCUGGCGCAGGUGUGGUAGGAGGAGGUGGCAAAGUCUGGUCGCCAGUCAUCUGGCAGACUAAAGCAGACGGGAACUGCGCCCUCAUGUUCAACCUGACAUUCUGCGACGAAGUCGCCUACGCCGUCCCCAACAACCCAGUCACAUUCAACACGACCAGCACGACCGGUGGCGAAGACGGCAUCGACCGACUCCGCCACAUCUACGACAACUACACGAGCUACUACUACCAACAAUUCAACUACAGCCUCCAACAAAUCCCCUGCAACAUCUCCUCCGACGCCCAAUACUCGACCAUCAAAAAUUGCACCGACUGCGCAGCCGCCUACAAACAAUGGCUCUGCGCCGUCUCCAUCCCCCGCUGCGCCGACUUCAGCUCUGACGAGACCCGCUACCAUCCCAGAAACAUGGGCCAGUCGUUUCCCAACGGCUCCGCGCUCCCCUCCGACCUCUUGAAUACCCAAUACACACCCAUGUCCCGCGCCCCGACCCUCGACGGCACACCAGCCUACUCCCAAACCUACCUCUCCUCCCUCGCAACAAACAGCUCCCGCAACCCCAUUUUAGACGCCCAGAUCCUUCCCGGACCCUACCGCGAACUCCUCCCCUGCGAAGACCUCUGCUUCUCCCUCGUGCAAUCCUGUCCCGCAGCUCUCGGGUUCGGGUGUCCGGCUCCUGGUCGCGGGUUAGAAGCCGGGUACGGGAAGCGGAGUCCUGAUGGGGCACUGACGUGUAGUUAUUUGGGGGCUGUGUACGAUAUUAGUGCGGCGGGGAAUGUUUUCGCGCCGGUCUUCGAGGCGCUGGCGAUUGCGGCGUUGGUGGGUUUGGUGGUCGGGGUUGUUUAG